AUACCAACGGCUGCUCGAAGCACCAUCACGUGCCCGACAAGCAUUCUAACCACUUCGAAACGAAAGAAAGUUUCGCUUUAAAGAAGCUCUAAAACGAGCUAAAGUUUCGUUUUAAAGGCGCUUUACAACGAAACGUUCUUCAUAUCAUGAUGUAAGGCAAAUAUUUUACAUUGCGAUUUGAUUACGCCAGUCUGCAGGCUUUUCCGUGACGACACAAAACUAACCUGAGCCAUCGAAGAAGGCGAACUGAGGCGAUGGCGGAGUAUUGUCAGGUGACUGGCAACUCUGGUUUGGGAGGUGCUUUUCCGCAGCUGGUAAUUUGAUUCUUGUUCAGAAGAUCUUAAAAUAUCCUCUUUGAAAGGCUUCCAGCUAUCACGUGGCGUAAAAGGAGAAAUUUCCAGGCUGGUGCUCCGAGCAGAAUCCUACACUGCAGAAAUCAGGCUUCUUCAGUGUUUCUUCAGCUUGUUCUGGACUUUAAAAGGCUGUUUACAAUAGACUGGUGGGGGGUUAAGCAGUGAAUCUUCGAGUCUACUGUUUUCUUUUCUCUUUUGUUUUGAACCAUGAUGCCUUUUCUUUUGCCGGCCCACCCCUAGCACCUUGCAGUGAAUGGAGAACAUACUGGUUCUGCUUCCGAAGCACCGACAGGAACACAGGCUCUGCAGAAGCACGGCUGCAUGUGCCUUGCUGGACAUCUUUACCAAUAGAUCGAUUUUCUCAAAAUCUUUAGUAACCACCCAUAGUCCUUGUUAGCCUAUUUAAUGGGAUAAAUCAACUUGACAGAUCAGGUGCAAAACCAGAUCAAGCAAUAAGUUCCAGUCUGACUUUCCCCCAAAUAUUGGCCUAAGACACGCUAACAUUUUCUUACUGAGUGCACUGUCUGUCUAAGGCCUCCGCAUGGUACUUUGGUCAAAAGAACAAGAUAAACUCCCUGACAUCGAGAUGUCCUCGGGGGACAUUGAGAUGAAGAAGGAGGGAGGUCCCCUGACCCCAACCUUCCUCAAUUCUAACUGCUCUGUCCACCCGCUGAUCCUCACCAGAGGCCCAGAAGAGAUAAGCCCACAAACUGGAGGCGAGUUUGAGCUCACUGAGGUCACGUCUUUCACGGAAAGGAUCGGUGAGACUGGGGAAAACGAGGAGAGGUCAGAGAUCGUGGUGGCAUUAGACUGCCGGGCCAACGCCAAAGGUCAACGAGAGGAGGAUGCUCUCCUGGAGAACGCAAGCCAGAGCAACGAGAGCGACGACAACAGCAUCAAUCAGAGCCCUGAGCCACCAGCGCCACUCAAGGAGACCUCCAUUUCCAUCGGUCUUCAAGUGGUUUUUCCCUUUCUGCUGGCUGGCUUCGGAACGGUGGCAGCAGGAAUGUUGCUAGACAUUGUUCAACACUGGACGGUGUUCACAAAGGUGUCAGAAGUCUUCAUCCUUGUUCCUGCAUUGUUGGGGCUAAAAGGGAACUUAGAGAUGACGCUGGCCUCCAGGCUUUCAACAGCGGCUAAUAUUGGUCAGAUGGACACAGCCAAGGACAUGUGGAAGAUGAUUAUAGGGAACUUGGCCCUCAUCCAGGUCCAGGCCACAGUUGUGGGGUUCCUGGCUUCCAUAGCUGCUGUAAUCUUUGGCUGGCUCCCAGAGGGACAGUUCAAGCUGGGCCAUGCAGUGCUGCUGUGUGCCUCCAGCAUGGCCACGGCCUUCAUCGCAUCGCUGCUCCUGGGUCUUAUCAUGAUCGGCGUGAUUAUCGCGUCAAGAAAAGUCGGCAUCAACCCAGACAACGUGGCCACACCCAUCGCCGCUAGUCUCGGAGACCUGAUUACCUUGUCCCUGCUGGCAGGCAUCUCAACAGGGCUCUACAAGAAGCUAGAGUACAAUGACUACGCCAACCCGCUGGUGUGUGCGGUGUUUGUGGCGAUGUGUCCUUUGUGGGUCUUCAUAGCCAGGAAGAUCCCAGCUACCAGAGAAGUCCUCUAUUCAGGCUGGGAACCGGUCAUCAUCGCCAUGGCCAUCAGCAGUGUUGGAGGUCUGAUCCUUGACAAGACCGUUAGCGACCCAAACUUCUCUGGCAUGGCUGUUUUCACUCCAGUCAUCAACGGUGUAGGAGGCAACCUGGUGGCAGUUCAGGCCAGCCGGAUCUCUACAUAUCUCCACAUGAAUGGGCUCCCCCUGGGGGACCCCAACCUGGCACCCAGGAAGUGUCCCACACCCUGCUCUUCCUUUUUGGGCUCCACUGUGAACUGUCGGUCUGCCCGUGUUCUCUUCUUCCUGGUUGCCCCGGGUCACAUCAUCUUCCUCUACACCAUUAACUCCCUGAGAGGGGGUCACACCACCCUGACCCCCAUCUUCAUCACCUUCUACCUGGUAGCUGCUCUACUGCAGGUCGCAAUCCUCCUGUACCUGGCUGACUGGAUGGUUCACUGGAUGUGGGGCCGAGGCAUGGACCCCGACAACUUCUCCAUCCCGUACCUGACCGCUCUGGGUGACCUCCUGGGAACCGGCUUCCUCGCCCUCUGCUUCCACAUGCGUUGGUUCAUCGGGGACAGAGACUCCAAUUUAGGCAACUGAAUACAUGCAAACAUAACGCACAAAAAAACCUUAAAACUUACACAUACUGUAAGCUCGCAUGCAAAAAACACUUGAUGAACUUGAUGAACAUCACCCGUGUGCCUGAGUCUGACAGUGGACAUCUACAAUAAAAGGGCUGAUCUCCCGAAGGGCUCUGGGUGACGUGUUCUUGGCGGAAUCUCGCCCUCAGGAUAUCAGGACGCUGUUUUACUGUCGGCACAGCAGCAGCAUGUAAAUCCUGAGUCUUGCUGUCACCACGGAACACAGACCUCUUCAUCUCAACCCCCAACAUGCAAAAAAACAACAAAAAAAAAAACUCUGACCAAUGAUAGAUCCAGCCUCACAGGCUCCAACGCUACUUAAUCUUACCUAACACUUGAGUCCUACCACUUUUAUUAAUAGUCUUAUUGUUAACAAAUGAUGCUCUUGGUAUGAUUUGAUAUCUGUUUUAUGUGCACGGCAAGUCCUCAUUAUUUUCAAUGGGGACGUAAGCCCUUUUGUUUAAAAAAAAAAAAAGUAGCAAAAAAAAAAAAAGAGCACAAAAAUCCCACACAUCCAAACAAGCCUAGAACGAAUACUUAAUCUCCAAGUGCUGUUGAAUUAACUCUGAAGUCAUGUCUUGUGUUUUUGGUUAAAUGCAUUUUUUCUUCUUUGUUGUUAUGCUUCAUUACAGUAGCAAACGAGGCUCUGGUUUUACUUCAGGGGACUGGACCUAAAUUCUUUUUUAGCGCAGAUUCCAGGUCUUGGUUUGAAGAUGCACUCCCAGUGUUUGCUGUCCCUCCUAAAUUAUGUCAAAACUUAACAGACUGGAAGAUAGUCCGUCAAGGUUUUGCUCAUUCAGUGCAGUGAGAAUUAUUUUCACCUUUUUCCUAAUAAUAUGGAACGUGCACGUGCAACAUCCUUAGAGUCCACCAGGAGCACUGGUUUAUCUUUAACCCCUUUAAGAUUCACUGUUGUAAAAUUUGCCUUAAUGUGCCUGUUGAUGCAUAUUUCACUCACACCAAGGAUCACUUUGAAAGCACUUUGCUGCCAUUUAGCAUUCAGAUUUAUUCCCAAUUAUACCUAGUUUAGGCUUGUUUGCAUACUAAAUAUCUUUAGAAUACAAAUAUCUACUAAAUUUAGCACCUGCUUGACAGAAAACACACAAAGAGUUGGGGUUUUUUUUAUAUGAUAAUCGGUUCAGGCAGAAGCAGGUUAAAUAUUGGAACAGCACAUGUUUGGUGCCUGUAUUCAGAGAAAAAUCCAGCCUGAAAUAAAACAUGCAUAUGUUUUUGUUUGAGCACCUGAGAGUUUAGUGUGGAAUGUUUAAGGUCAGGGAAGAAGCUUUUUUUUAUUAGACUAGGUUCCUUGUUUGUUUUCUUGGCCAGGGAAAUCCUCCAAAACAAAGAAAACUCAAUACGAUACUAUGCAUAGCAGUUGAUUUCAGUGAUGGGCUCAAAGGUUCAAAGGUAGUUGGAUGGAAGCGUUUAACUGCCAGAGCUUGUAAAUAAAUUCAGUGGGAAUAUCUCCUUUAUAAAUGGGAAAAAGUUAUUGUUAUGACAAGAUCAAAACUCAUUAUGGCAAGGUUAAUAUCUCAUUAAACCCAAAAUAUCUUCUCUUUUAAAUGCGUAAUAAAGGUCAUAACAACACCUCUUUUAUAUAUCUGGAGGAAACAGCUAGAAGGAAAAUCAGUGAAGAUGCAAGCAAGCCUGACGCAUAACUCUUUCUAAAGCAACACUGUUUUAAAACUCCAGCUGUAAAAGUACAUUUUAGCUAAAAUGUUUAAACAAAAGCAAAUAGUUCAUUUCAGUUUAAAAUAAUCUAACUACAGUGAAACUGCCAUAUUUUUAUUUAAGGCUACUGUACCAUGAGGAUCUUGUACCAGCUUCUGGCUAGUUUAAAUGUUGGUUUUUGCCCUCUGUUUUUGAAUUCACAAAAUGAGCAACGUUUAAUUUUUUUCCUGUAGCUUUUGUUUAAAACACCAGCUGAUAAAAUGUCUACUCAUAGCUAGAUCCAUUUGCUCCAAUGAAAUUGCCUGAAAUAGCUUUACUGUGCUACGGGAACAAAGAGAGUCCAGCAACGAGCUAGCUAACAAAGCUCAUGUUGCUCUAUAGACUAUGAUAAUUCCUUCUGCUGCUAUAAAGCUCUUAGCAAUAUAAAAGAUGGGUUAUAGACUGUUAAAAGACUGCAAGACAUCUCUAACGUAACUCAUGGGACUCAUUGUAUUCUUAGCAACUGGUAGCUAGAAGUAAAUAAGGUAGCAGCUGAGUGUUAUAGUUUUUAGAAAACUUUUACCUCUUUCAAUAUUGUUUCUACUAAAGUGAUGUCACACUACACAACAUGCUAACACGAGGAUAUGUUAAAAAACGUAAUAACUCAGAACACCAAACUGGGGGACUUUUUUCAACAAUGCUAAGUCAUUAGCAUCAGCAACAACUCAUGUUGUCAAAAAUAAACUGUUUUUGAGAGAAUAUAAUAAACCUUGACACAUAAAAGAUACUGAUUAUUUAUAUAAAGAACUUAUAACAAGAAACCAGUGAUAGUGAAGUAACAUUUUAUUUAUUUAACUCAGUGAUACAGUUAAAUACAUAAAAGCUGAUUUUUUUUUUCUGUUCUAUUUGAACAGUGCCAUUUUUUUUUUUUUUUUUUUUUUUCUCGUGUAAAACGUAAAUAGGAUCUUCUAACAUUCACCUGUAUGGUAUGGGAUGAAUCUGAACUCUUGGAUGAAGUUUAUUUAAGGACAAGAAUCUUCACUAGUGUUUUCCUGUUCCACUUUAGCAUAUAUAUUCUUCUUCUUCCCACCAUCCUUCACAAACGGCCUAUCAUCAGAUCAGCUCUUCCUGUCUUUAAUGGCCUAUGGUUGUUAUCUAUUUGGACUGGCUUCCAAGUAGAAAUUAUGGCGGAGGAGAGAGUCAUGUAAUGUUUUACUUUUAAUUGUUUGUUGUUGUUUUUCUGAACGGGGCCAGCAAAAAGCACAAGCAGAGCACAUAGUGCGAAUGUGAAAAAAUUGAUUUUAAUUGUUAAAAAUCCUUUGCUUUGUGGUCUUAAAGAUGUUUUUUUUUUAUGUCAGGUGUUUGGAGCUUGGUUUUUUAUUUUUUUAUAUUCCAUUUCUAUGUCCUAAUCUUUUUAUCUCUCAAAGAUGAUUGUUUUGUGUUCUUAAAAGAAAUCGAGCAUACAACCACUUUAAACAAAGAGCAACCUUUUCUGUGCCAUCCGAAUGCAUCAAUGUACUGUAGUUAGCAAAUCCACCACCAGAUGGCACUGCAAGUCUUAACUUACAUAAAGAACUUGUUCUCCGUAUUCAAAUUGCCCACCCAGAGACAUAGCUGCCACUUUGCCUUUGGCUUUUCAUUCUUCCAUCUAUUUCUAUCUGUUUGUAUCCUUGACACUCUUUAUCAAACUGGUGCCAGCAUUUUUUCUCUUCUUCAAGUUGUGUAUACUUCUAUAAAAAGGCAAGAAAUGCUACAUCUAUUUAUUUUUUAGAAGCACACAAAGCAAAUUGUACAUACUAUAUUUAUUCUAUAUGUAAGGAUGUUUAUUUUGUCAUUUUCUUUUGGCUGAGUCCGUUUGUCAUCAAUGUUGUCAGAUUUCCUAUCUGCAAGUGGCCAUUGGCCAGCAUUUUGGUACUCAUUGUAAUAUGACAGCAGUGAGCUUAGUGACUAUCACAGUGCCUAAUAGGAGUCUUCACAUCAACAGAUUAUACACAGAAAUGUCCCUCCUGAAAUGAGGAACACAUCCGUCCAUGAAAUGAGACGGUCUUAAUCUGUCAGAGCCAAGCUCAACUUUUAGAGUAACCAAUCAGAAGUUAUGUAAGCCACAAAGUAGAGUUUGUUUAAUUAGAUUGGAUAAAUAAAUGAUGUACAGUGUGAUUACUGCAAUGUGUGAAUGUGAAAAUGACUGUGGCCACGGAUAGCAGAGGUGUGACCAUCGCUUUUUGUUCGUGUGGCACAGCAGACAUCUGGGAAACACUAGAAGUGAGCUUCCAAGAUAGAAAGUAGAUAUUGUUCCAAAAGCAAUCUAAUAACACUCACCACCCAGCUUCUGCUUUGUAUAACCAAAUGCUUUAAACUAUUGAGCCCUAACAAGGAAUCCCACUGACAGGCCGCCAGCAUCCUCAGCCAGAUCAAGCUGUUGAACCGUAAUGUCGUAAUGUCCACAUCACCGUAAUGUCCACUCUAUCCUACCUUUAGGGAAUACUGAUGUAGACAAAUGCAGUCUUGUAAUGUCUGACGUCUUUUACAUGUUUGUCUUCUAAAAAGCCCCCCUUCUGUGAGGCAGGAGGAAGGCUUUCUCUCUGCAGGACAUUGUAAUUUGCUGGAAAUAAAUAAAUGACUAUAUUAUUUCAUACAGUUGCUUUGUUUGCAUUGUUCUUUUGUCAAAUCCGGAUCAGUGAUGCCGACCAAAUGUCAGUGAUGCUGACAUUUGGUCGGCAUCACUGUGCUGACAUCAUAAUUAUUCUUGUUGGAGCAGACGGCACACUCUGUAUUUUCUCCAUUGUACUUUGUGAGAAAGCCAGGGAUUCUAUCAAACUCAUGAGAUGGGAUUAUUGAUGUUAUGUUAUGUGUGACAGCUUUAAAGCUGUUAGAGCAUACCGCUUUGAAGAGUUAAGUUGGUUUAUUCUUUUGACUGACCUUAGAUUUGUUUUAGCUGUAAUGAUCUGUAUGUAUGUAAAUGUUCUUUGGUACGGACCCUGGUACUUUUCAGGGUCCGUCUUGUAAAUCACUCAGGAUUUUAAAUACCUGCUAGUUGAUCAUGUUACUGUGUAAUGCUGAUGGUUGUAUAUCUGACCUAAAUAAAUCCACCUAAAAUUUC